AUGUUCGCUUCUCGUCCUCUGGCUUUUGAAAUCGCAGUUGACCCUGAAGAAUGUCAGAUAUAUAAAUUUGGCGCCAGAAUUCUGGAAAUCAAAGUUAACGAUGCCAAUUCUUCAGAUGAAGAGGGGGGAAAUUUAGAAUGGGUACCGGCCAAGACCAAAUCUAGAGAGUUAUAG